CCCGAUUUUUAGCAUUGAGGAAUGCAGACAGUAGUUUCCCGCCUCUCAACAUCCUACCUGCUACAUUACAGGAGCUUAUCUUACAGACUCAGAUUACGAGCAGGCUUCACCUGAUAAAAAUGGGUUAUUUAAAACAAAUUGAUAUUGAAAACUUUAAGUCAUGGCGAGGAAAGCAAAUUAUUGGGCCAUUCAUGCGAUUUAAUUGUAUAAUUGGCACAAAUGGCUCAGGUAAGUCCAAUGUGAUGGAUGCUCUAAGCUUUGUCAUGGGGGAGCGGGUUUCUUCUCUGCGGGUGAAGCACAUACGAGACCUGAUCCAUGGAGCUCACAUGGGUAAGCCCAUCUCAAACACUGCCAAGGUUGCCAUGAGGUACUGCACUGAUGAAGCAGAAGAGAUCAUCUUUUGUCGGAUUAUCACCGGGAACUCCUCUGAGUAUCGCAUUGAUGGCAUACACGUUACUUUUGCCAAGUACACGGAGGAGCUUGAGAAGAUCGGCAUUUUGACUAAAGCUCAAAACUGUCUGGUGUUCCAGGGGGCAGUGGAGUCCAUAGCUUUGAAAGACCCAAAGGAGAGGACCAAGAUGCUGGAAUGCAUCAGUCAGUCCAAAGAAUACGCUGCAGAAUACAACAAGAAGAAGGAGGCUCUGCUGAAGGCCAAAGAGGACACUCAGUUUCACUUCAACAAGAAGAAAUCUGCUACUUUCGAGAGGAAACAGGUGUCUCAGGAAAAAAUAGAGGCCCACAAAUACCAGGAACUGUUGGACGAACUUCACCAAAACCGCCUGCAGCUGUGCCUUGCUGAGCUCUACCAUAAUGAGAAGGGCAUCAAUGUUCUUAGUGACACCCUUAAGAAGGGACAAGAUGCUGUAGCUGCCAAGAACAGUAAACUGGUGAUGUGGGAGCAGAUGGUCAAAACACAAAAGAGGGAACAUGGACGACUCACAAGAGAGCAGCAGCACAUUGACAAGGAGAUCUGCACACAGGAACAAAUCCUGUCUCAGUCUCGGUCGCAGUACGUAAAAGCCAAAGUGAAUACCUCUUACCACAUAAAGAAGGCUGAGGAUCUCCGUGAUGCCCUGAAGAAGAGUCAGAGGAUGUUGGCAAAUAAAGAGCAGGAGCUGGAAGAACAUCAGCGGGAGAUUGCUGAACUUGAGAGGACCUGGAGAAACUAUGAGAAGCAGGUCCAGGAACAGGGAACUGCCCAUGGAAGAGAGGUUGAGCUGGACAUGGAACAGUUAGAGCGAUACAAAGAGCUGAAGGAGCUUGCCUUGAAGCAGGGGGCUGUGUUCAGCCAACAGGCAGAGAAGCUUCACUGGGAGAUGAAAGCAUACUGUGAAAAGAUAGCCUUUAACCAGCGCAGAACCACGGAUGUUGAGAAUGCUAUCAGAAACAACCAAACACAGCUGGAAGAUUUGACAUGCAGAGCAGAGAAGUUAGAGGCGUACAUCAAGACCUGCAAGUCAUCCCUUGAGAAGUACCGCCAGCAGGAGGAAAGCCUGAGUGUAGAGCUGCAGCGGGGCCGCCAGCGUACUGAGGAGGUGAACAAGGAGCUGGGCCAGGUGAUGGAGGAGCUGGGGAAUGCCUGUUUGGACAGCCAAGAGAACAAGCGGCAGCUGCAACACAAAGAGCUGCUAGAAAAGCUCUGCAGACUCUACCCUGAAACUGUGUAUGGCCGUCUAUCAGACCUGUGCAGCCCUAUCCAUAAGAAGUACCAGCUGGCAAUCACCAAGGUAUUCGGUCGCUAUAUGAACGCGAUCGUAGUAGCAUCAGAGAAGGUAGCCCGUGACUGCAUCCAUUUCAUCAAGGAGGAGCGAAUGGGACGUGAGACGUUUCUUCCCAUUGACAACUUGGUUGUGAGUCCACUAAAUGAACGACUAAGGAAGAUGCCUGGUGCCAAGAUGGUGGUGGAUGUUGUACAGGUUAAUGCUCCCACAGGUGCUGCCCAGCUGAGGAAAGUGUUGCAGUUUGUCUGUGGCAAUACUCUUGUGUGUGAAACGAUCAAAGAAGCCAGGAGUAUGGCUUUUGAUAGACAGGAGCGCAUUAAGACAGUAUCUCUUGAAGGGACGAUGUUUGAAAAGUCAGGCGUAAUCUCUGGAGGCUCCACUAAUCUUCGAGCCAAAGCUCGCUGCUGGGAUGAGAAGGACAUGCUGCAGCUAAAGGAACGCAAGAACCAGCUGACCACUGAGUUACGCGAUUUGAUGAGGCUGAAGAGGAAGGAGUUGGACCUGAAACAGAUCGUAGCGCAGGCUCAGGGUGCUCAAACCCGCCUCAAAUACUCCAAAACAGAGUUGGAAAACCUUUGGAAGAAAAAUAUCCCCAAAUGCCAGGCGGAGAUCUCUCGUAUGGAGAGUGAAUUAGCAAACCUGGACUCUCAGAUUCAGAUGCAGCAGGAGAAUGUGGAGGCAAAGGAUGCAGAGAUUAAGAAGAUCAGAUACAAUAUUGAUCAGAUGGAAGACUCUGUGUUUUCUGACUUCUGUGCUGAGAUUGGAGUGGACAGCAUCAGAGAGUUUGAGCAGGAGCGCUUGAAACAGCAGACAGAGCUCGACAAGAAACGGUUGGAAUUUGAGAGUCAGCAUGCUCGCUUAAAUACCUGGAUUGAAUAUGAACAAGAACAACUGGAGCAACAGAGGAAGAAGGUCCAAAAACUGGAGGAUACCAUCAGCAAGGAAGAGAAAACCAUGACUGAGCACAGGAAGGAAGAACAGAAGUUGUUGGCGGUGGUUGAGGAGGGUCAGAAUAAGCUACUGGAAUGCAAGAACCAGCUUUUAGCUAAGAAAAGUGAGGUGGCUGCUGCCAAAGCUGAGUUGGACCAGAAAACUCAAAUCCUUCAGGAGAUAAACAGGGAUUUGGUGAAGCUUCAGCAGGAGAUAAUGACAACAGAGACAGCCAUGGAGCAAAAACGCUUGGCUAAGCACAACUUGCUGCUGGCCUGCAAAAUCCAGAACCUGCAAAUUACCAUGUUGUCAGGGAGCCUGAAUGAAAUCAGUGAGGUGCAGCUGGACACCGAUUCUGAAAGCACUACAGCCACCAUGAACAUCUAUGAGAAAGAGGCACGACUAGUCAUUGAUUACUCUGACUUGGAGGCAGAGCUUAAGAGUCUGCAAGCUGAGCAGGAAGUAGAGGCCUACCUGGAGAAACUGAGGGAGUCAGUUUCCUCCAUAGCGGGAGUGCUGCAGCGCACCAGUGCCCCCAACCUGAAAGCCCUGGAGAAAAUGAGGGCGGUGAAAGACAAGUUACAGGAAGUAAAGGAAGCCUUUGAUGCCAGCACUAUAGCAGCCAGGAAGUGUAAUCAGGAGUUUGAGCAAGUCAAAUCCCAGCGCACCCAACUCUUCAGUCAGUGCUUUGAGCACGUGUCUGUCGUAAUCGAUCAAAUCUAUAAAAGAAUCUGCAGAAACAGAAGUGCCCAGGCCAUUUUGAGUGCAGAUAAUCCAGAAGAGCCCUACCUGGGUGGCAUCAACUACAACUGUGUGGCACCAGGGAAGCGCUUCAUGUCCAUGGACAAUCUGUCUGGUGGAGAAAAAGCCAUCGCUGCCCUUUCCUUCAUAUUUGCCAUACACAGCUUCCGACCUGCUCCUUUCUUAAUCUUGGAUGAGGUGGAUGCAGCCCUGGACAACACUAACAUUGGAAAGGUAACCAGUUUUAUCAGAGAGGAGUCGAGGGAGAACAUGCAGAUCAUUGUCAUCUCCCUGAAGGAGGAGUUUUUCUCCAGGGCUGACAGUCUGCUGGGAGUCUAUUCAGAUUUUGAUGAAGGCAUGUUCAGCUGCAUUCUGACCCUGGACCUGCGUCCCUACCCUCUGGUUGAAGACGACAAUGGGAAACAGACUGACAAAGAGUCCAGGUCCGACAGAGGACAGGAUUCGGCUUCACUGGAAUCACCUCCAUGAAACCAUUAUCUUUUCAUUUAAUGUCCAAUGACAGGGUUGUUUCUCAGUGUUCUUCUGUUUUAAAGAGAGAAAUGUGGAGUUAUCUUACAUACCAAACAUUUGGCUGUUUUGUUAAAUCGUUCUUUUAAAUUAGUUACAAUCCACUGAAUUGUUUUUCUCAGGUAACAGUUUUGACCUCAAGGUAUGCCGGAGCUGAUAGGAUUUACAAGCCAAUUUAUAAAAAGGUUGUGUUUGAAUUUGUUUAUACAAAAAAAACCAAAAGGAUUAAACAAAGGUGAAAGAGGAAGAAAAAUUUCACAAAAUAGCAACGACAAAUUACAACAUUUUAAGGAACUCUUUAUGUUUCUGAAUGUGCUAGUUCUCCCUUUAGGC